AUGGCUGAAGAAGCAUCGCUGCUAACAGCCCCGUCGGCUAAUCUGCAAAGCAAUAUAAACUUGCAAGAGCAAUGCCCGUUGUUCACAAUUCUUCCGGCAGAGAUCCGGUCCCUGAUUUAUACCUAUGCUCUCACCGACUAUGAAGACAUCACUCACGAUGGCCAGUCUUAUGACCGCAACACUUACUGGUACCGUCCUGGCUAUAAAGCGAGGCGGCGUACAGCAACGGAGCUUCUGCGUUCUUGCAAGCGUGUUUUUCAAGAAACGUGGUUCAUGCCUUUUGCACUUGCAGAGCACUCUUUCUAUCUGAUGCAUCAAGACAGAGCACCGCCAAGGCGAGUCACGCUGGAGCGAAUGAGGCAAUAUUUGGCGACAUUGAGGGACUUUGCACGGAUCCAAGAUGGGAAGGAUAUACCGCAGAUACAUAGUAUCAGGGUAUUUGCCCAGUUGUGGGCUUUGGAGGAUCCGCGAAGGCUGCAAGAAGUGCUAAACCUUGAGGGGUUCCGCCCAAGAAAUGUGACUAUCACAAUUCGAUACACCGACUUUUGGUUCUGGGAGCGGAAUGCGCCAUUGCAUAUUGAUGCACGUUGGGUGAACACUGUGAUAUUUCCAGAAUCAGUCUCCACCAUCAAAAUGGAUUUCGAGAUGGUCGACCGGCGUAAGAAGGAAAUUGACUUCAUCACAGACUUGGCAGUUGAGAAAUGGGUUUUCCGGCGCGCUGAUGGGAUUAUUUUUAGAGCCAACAAAGAGGAUACAGUGACAAGCGGGUGGACAGGAAGCUCUACUUGGGCUAAAGCGCGUUGGAUCAGGGAUGAAUCAAGGCCUAACGAGAUUGAUUUCUACGUCAAAACAGUAACUUGGAAGCCCACCUUUGAUGGUGAUAAUCCCUUUGCCGGGAGUUACAAGUGCCCGAACCUGGAUAUACCAAGUGAUUUUGUUCAAGAACCAGUGCUAUGGCUACAAGGAAUGGCAAGUGUUCCGAUUGAUUGGCUCGCUUCUGCUGGUGUUCCCAACGAGGCAUCCGCGGAGGAGGUUGCUCAAGCCGUGGGACGUCGACCAAUUCGUGCACGAGGACAACAUAGGCCAAUAAGAAGAAGACCGAGGCCAGAGACCGAUGAGUGA